AUGACCAGCAAUCCUGAAGCAAUCCCGCCACCAUAUGCGACCGUGCUGUGCAAUGUUUGUUGCAGCUUCCAUAUGGAGACGUUGCAGGCCCGACGGGAGGCGGAUAAUUCCCUGCCAUGCGCUCAGCUCUUCGAGUCCGCCGACAACGGCUGCAAAACCUGCCAAAUUCUGUCAAACGCCGUCCGGGCCUUAUACCCCGAGGAGAACCCGGAGCAAACGCACUUCUUCUUCUACGUCGGAAGCAUGUAUUGCAGCGGUUGGAAACCUCAGACAAGACCGGAUGCGCGCCUCUGGUUAUUGGACCCCAAGGUUCGAGACACAAACAGAAAGGUUAUCCAGUUGUACCGCAAUUAUAACGACCUUUGUCCUUGGCCGUUCUUCCUGGAGGCACGGACAACUCCGGCGCAUACUGCCUCCGAGGAGAGUCGCGCUUGGAUCGUCAGCAAACUCAAGGAUUGUCUCGCCGAGCACGCGGAAUGCAACGUUGGCCUGGACGCCUCACGGCUGCCUACAAGAGUUCUCGACCUGGGCCUGGACUCCGUCGACGAUGGCCCUGUCAAGGUUCUGGAGACCAAUGGAUUACGUGGACGGUACGUGACUCUCAGUCACUGCUGGGGCGACCCAAGCCACAUGCCCACCAAGCUUACUGCGCGGACCAUCGAGGAAUACAGAAAAGGGAUCUCUUACGACUCCCUUCCCCUAACCUUCCAGCAUGCUGUCACCUUCACCAGGAAACUGGGCGUUCGCUAUCUCUGGAUCGACUCCCUCUGCAUUCUUCAGCAUGACCACGACCAGGACAAGGAAGCCUCCGACCAGGAUUGGGAACAGGAAAUCGGCCGCAUGAAUGAGGUCUACCGGAACUCAUACUUGACGCUAGCUGCCGCGUCCUCUACCGACUGCAACGGCGGGCUUUUUUUCGAAGCAAAGACAAUCGACAUCAGCGUGCCCGGGGCCGCCGAUAUCCCGCAUGCGCUCUUCGCCCGCAGGAGAAUGAAGCACUUCCAGCCCGACUUCCCCCUGAUGAAACGAGGCUGGGUGGCACAGGAGUACUUCCUCUCGCCGCGCACCGUUCUCUUCGGGGAGACAGAGCUCCUCUGGCGGUGCCGCAAACUCUCGAGAUGCGAGUGCAAUGACGGUCCUGCCCAGCCAGCCAAGGACGAGUAUUACAAGCUCCUGGAGCCGACCGGGGCCUCUCCCACGCAAGCAGCGCUCGCGAGGUUGUGGUACGAGUUCAUCAACACCUACUCACAGACCGCCUUGAGCUACCAGACGGACAAGCUGGCCGCGGUGGAAGGCAUCGUUCAGUACAUGCGUCCAUUGCGGAACAGCGACUGUCUCGCGGGCCUGUGGAAGGACACGUUCGCGUUGGAUUUGCUCUGGAUGAUUGGGCCGCGACAUAGGCCCGCGCCAGCGAGGACCUUCGAGGCUAGUCCGCACGGGCGGAGACCGGUCUGGAGUUCCCACGAGCACCUCUUUCCCACGUGGUCAUGGGCAAGCGUUCCGUAUAGUGUCAGCUGGCCGGGAGGUGUCAACUUUGUUCAACAGUCUUUUCCACAAGACACGUUUGUCACCCUGGUCCAAGACGAGCGUUCUGGGCGUCCGGCCAACGAGGUCACUAUUCGGGGAAUCCUCGUCCCGACAACACUGGGGAAGGUGAGAAGGAACGACGAGGGUAAAAAGAUCUUCUACUUGCCCGACUUGAUCGAAGAGGAGGCGCAGGAGGACGAUGCCGAGGUGCAUUGCCUCCGCGUCAUGGUGGAGCAGGACGACCACUGGUCACUACUCCUGCGCCACCGGGACGGGACGAGGAAUGUCUACGAGAGGUUGGGCGUCGUCGCUUUCAGGAAGGCGAACGGGCAGGGCUUCCCGGUGUGGUGGGAGCCUUUUGAGGAGUGGGAGGCUAGGACGAUGACUCCGAAGCCACCCAAAGGGCAUUUUAACAUCCUGUACUUUGCCAGCGCGGGUUCGUACACCUCCAAGAAUGUCGAAGCCCUGCCGGCUCCACUGCCACUGAGGAAGCUCUUUGCUACGCUCGAGGAGCGGUAUAAGGGCAUCAGGGCGAGCGUGCUCGACCACAGUCUAGUCACGAUAAACUUGACGUAUGUGGAUGUGCCGGAUGAUGAGUCCGCCGGAGAGACCGAUGAGGUAGUGAUACAGGAAGGCGACGAGGUCGCGAUCAUACCCCCAGUUAGCUCCGGGUGA